AUGGCGAGGCAUGGACAUGUUGAUCUUCAACAGCUGGCAUUGGUGGACUCAUUCAGGAAGAUCUCAGCCGAAUACGGAGUCAAGAUACUACUAUAUCGGACACCAUUCCUGGUAGAUCUUGUCAAUGAUAACAAGGCAGGACGGAUCUUGAAGCUCGACACGAUACGCAAUGGCAAGGCAUGGCGAGGCAUGGACAUGUUGAUCUUCAACAGCUGGCAUUGGUGGACUCAUUCAGGAAGAUCUCAGCCAUGGGAUUACAUCCAAGAAGGGAAUAAAUUGUACAAAAACAUGAACCGUCUAAUUGCUUUCUACAAGGGACUAACCACAUGGGCUCGAUGGGUCAACCGAUAUGUUGAUCCUUCUAGAACCAAAGUCUUCUUCCAGGACAUUUCUCCCACUCAUUACGAGGGCAGGGAUUGGAUGGAGCCAUCAAAGUCAUGUGCCAGUGAGACACAACCGUUCUUUGGAACAAGGUACCCAGCAGGGAUGCCGUUGGAAUGGGUGGUGGUUAACAAGGCCGUAGGAGUCAAAUGGGUUUAUACAACCAAGUUCAAUGCUGACAAUUCGAUAAACAAAUACAAAGCAAGGCUUGUUGUCAAAGGAUAUGCUCAGAUGUUUGGGGUGGAUUUCUCUAAAACUUUUACUUUGGUUGCUAGGCUUGAUAGCAUAAGAAUGCUACUUGAUCUUGCUGCUCAAAAUGGUUGGAUUAUACACCAAAUGAAUGCCAAAUCUGCUUUCUUAAUUGUAUAG